AUGCAGAAAUUUGCUCGAAGUGUUAUUCUAGUCGCUUAUGAAAGAAAGAUCGUUGAUAAGAAGAAUGAACGUCUGAUUACGAUGCGGAAUUCUUUGCUGACAGUGAUGGGAAAUGUGACUGGUUGUGAUGUUCUAAGCGAGAUGUUGUCUCUUCAUUCACCGUUUAUGUUGAGCUAUGAGGAGGAUUUCGACAACUUCAUGAGCUAUUUUUCACUCUUAAGAAAGGCUUUGAUCAUGUCAACCGGGAACAAAACACUAAACAGGCAUGUUAUAAGUCUAAUUCUGCGUGCUGUUCAGCAUUUCCCAAAUUAUUUCAAGGAUCAUGUGGCAGACGUCAUUGCUUUAUAUGCUGAAGUCGACGGUGUCAUCUCGAAAAUGCAAAUGGCUCAAUUGCUGCAGGUUUUGGCAUUCCUUUCGAACACAGUUGAUGAUGAAUCGGUGCGAUUGAAGUUGUUGCAAAUGGCAGUCGCUCCAUCUGUUGAGCACAUUCGUAACAUAGAAUGGUCUCUCGAGAACGUUUCGACAUUUAUCAAGUUCAAUGGAUUUGAUGUGAUGCCUGCGGAUUCAUUGGAAUCGGCAUGCAAUGUCAACAGAGUAGAGCUGAGACGAGCUCUUACUUGCAUCCAAGGAGCUGUUCACCAAGUGAACAAGUCAAGUCCUCUGGCGUCCUUACUAGUGCCGAUCUUUCCAUCGUUUUUCAAAUUGAGCAGGUGCUUGAUGGAUUUACAUCUAGAGGAAUGUAAACAGCUGCUCCACCCAUUGUUACGUGACAACCUCACUAAAAUUGUUGCAUUUGAAAGGCAACAGAUUUACUGUAUGUUCGAUUUUUCAAGCGUCAUAAUAGUUGGACAUAUUACGAAUUGCUCCGUCGGAGAAAAUAUCGAAGUUAUCACAGGACGCUCCACCACUGCAGAGACAGAUCCUAUCAACAUCGAACGCCAGUACGUGCACGAUUUGAAUGAUCAAAUCAUAACAAUCAUAUCGGUAUCGGCGAACAAGUUUGCUGAUAAAUUGUUCACGUUGAACGAUCUUCCGCAAUUGUUGCUCGGCAUGGUCUCAAGUUUCGAAUCAGUACCGGAGUUCAGAUUACGCUGUUGGAUCAAAAAAGUCUGGAGGUCAGUAAUAUGCGAAUGUCCACGAGAUCAGUUUCCGUCGAUUAAAGAAUUUUUCGAGCGAGUUGUUGGAGCCAUGCACACCAGACUCCAAAAUAUAUGGGCAGAAGUGUCUCAUAUAGAUUACGAUUCGGAGCCAACUGAAGAGGAGUUAUUUUUCGAGCAUAUGACUUGUGUCUUAUCUCGCGAAUAUAUCACAUUCCUCCGGGCCUGCUAUCUCUACAUCGAUGGUGAUGAAAAGAAACCAAUGGCGAUGACACCAUUGGGAGAGUGGUUGUUCAGUAACAAAGUUGGCCUUUCUUCUGUGAUUAUGACAGCGUUCUCAUCGUUGACAUUCCGUGAUUCCACGCUAGUUCUCAAAUCUAUUGGGUUUUGCAAGGUGUUGGCGGAAAAGCUGUGCGACUGCUACGAUGAUGAAGUGGGAGUGUAUAUGUUGGUUUGUUCAAUACGAUCACUUCAAUUGCAUGGAGCUGACGAAGUGACCGGUACUCCACUUAUUGGACUCGUGUUUCAUAUCUAUCUCGCUUUGCGUCGCUUCUCGAAUUCUCUGCCUCAAGUACUAAUGCAAGUUCCCAAUGUAACUGCAGAUAUUGUGGAGAGUUUCGACAGCAAAGUACGAGCUGUGAUAUCGGGCGAUGAUGUGAUUUUAGAGAAACAAAAGAAGGAAAUGGCACGCAAACUUUUCAAAGGCAUGAUAACGCUUACUAUUGGCGAACAACACAAAAAACCUGUUUAUCUUCGUCCUCUUCCACCCAUAGAAAAACGCCGACGUGUGGUGAAUGAACGUGAUAAUUUCGAGGACAUUGCGCUUCUAUUUGCCUGUGAAGAAGUAUAA